AAAGUGUUGAACACAUCCGGUAUUUAAUUGUGUUGUUUGGUUUGACUAUAUAUUGGUAUAUUUAACAUCUAUCGGAAGGUCUGGCGUUAUUUACUCUUUCUAUUAUGUUCCUGGCCCUCCCAUAACAAAAUUAUUGUUGGAAGCCCAUUAUGACAAAUUUGAACUGUGCACAACUGCAAAGCGCAUGUAGAUUGUGUUUAGCCAGUGACUCUAAGAAUGUUGAUAUAUUUAGUGCAGAAGGCCAAAGGCAGAGGUAUCAAGACAAAAUUUGGAAACAUUUUUCGGUGUGGGUCUGUGUUGAGGAUAACUUACCCAAAGCCAUAUGUCAGUUAUGUUGUUGCCGACUAGAAGAAUAUCAUUCAUUUGUGUUAGAUGUAGAAGAAGUUCAACAGAACAUCCAUAAAAUGGUUUCUGCACUUAAUCAUGAUGCCAAUAACAUUGCUGUGUCUCACACUGAGCCGCGUUAUGAAAAAGUUCCAAGUUUGAAUAAAAGUGUGAAUAAUUCAGGACCUUCCAAAGAUAUUCAGUCAGAUGUGCCUGAUCUCAUAAUUAACAGUGAUGUUAAAACUUGUAAAAAUCCUUCAGAUAUGUUUGAGUCUUUUAGUUCACAUGUUGUGUUAUCAGAUGUACAUGACAAGUGUUUUGUGGCACCUGAUACAAAAUCAGAAGGCAUCUUCUUUGAUGUGGAUUCUAUUAAAGUUGAAGAAGGUCCAUUGCAGACUGUGAAUUAUAUCUGUCCUGAUGUGAACACCGCACAAGAAAUUUCAAAAAUUGCACAUUGUGAUUCUCUUUCGAGUGGGUUGGUGUCUGUCCAGAUGCCCAGUGAUAAAAAUUGUGACUUUUUGGCAGAUACAAGCAAUAUUUCUGCUAGCGAUAGUCUGAGUCGGACUGUUCAGUGUAGGAAGACCAAGAAAACUACGGCUAAAACUGUAGUAGCAGAUAAUAAUUUAAUAAAGAAAUGUGAGCAUUCUGUGUCAGAAGGAGAAGGUGAUGCAGAAGAGGUAGAAGUUACGACACCUACAAAGUUUCAGAACAGCGUAAGAAAUGUUGCACUAAACAGUGGAUCAGGAGAUACUGGAAAAGAAGGUGAAAGCAUUUCUAUGGAUGAAAAUGAUUGUGUGGGAGAGUCUGAAAUCACUGUGAAUGCUCAUUCGAACGAAGCUGCUUUGAACACGCAGUUGGAUGAGUUCUAUAACUACAGUUGCAGGAUAUGUGAACCUGGCAUAUCUGUUUUUUCUAGCUUCUUUCUUCUCACUAAACAUUACAGAUUAAAACACAACACAAGAGGCUACGUUCUUUGCUGUGGCCGUAAGUUGUUGUCAAAGCCGCUUCUGGCAAGUCACAUGAUGAAGCAUCUGCAACCAAGCAUUUACAAGUGUCGUGAGUGCGGGAAGGAGCUUGCCAAUGAGGUGACAUAUGAGGAACAUAUGAUCCGUCACUUGCCAGAGCAUAAACGUCCAUUCAGGUGUGAACUCUGUCUUAGAGGAUUUGCGAAUAAAGGAAAACUUCAGUAUCACAUGAGAAUUCACCUUCCAGAUGAAGAAAAAUUGGCAUCUGUCUGUGAUACAUGUGGAAAGAAGUUUGCAAAUGAUAGAAGUUUACUUUCUCAUCAACGAUACGUACAUGAAAAAGUGCGUGAAGUUAUGUGCCACAUUUGCCCCAAAACAUUUCCAAGACAGUCGGCACUGAAGCAACACUUGUAUACGCACGUGGCAAAGAGCGAGCAGAAACAAUGCGAUGACUGUGGCAAGUGGCUGAAAAAUGAUAGCACGUUUCAGUCGCACAUAAAGAGCCAUGGCAGUCAGCUGUUCAGUUGCCCGCACUGUGAUAAGGUGUACAAAUUUGCACAAAGUCUGCGAGCCCAUCUGCAGAGUCACAGUGAUGCGCGUCCGCACGAGUGUCUUGAGUGUGGCAAAACUUUCAAACUCAAGAAGGUGCUUAUGACUCACGCAGUACAGCACACAGGUGAAAGACCUUACAAGUGUCCACACUGCCCCCGGACAUUUGCGAGUAGCGGCAACUAUUACUCCCACAAGAAAAGAAUGCAUGCAAAUGAGAAGGCAGGCAAUGUAACCUGAACGGUGUCAUUCGGAAUGAAAUCGGUAUAGGUUGUACUGAUCUUAUUUAUUUCGUUUUCUGUAUAACAGAAAUAUCUGAGAAGGCAGUGGAAAUGAAUAAGCGUAGAAGAAAUAACACUGACCAGCUUGAAUGUGUCUGUAAAUAUGGGGUUAGCUUCUCUUGCUGGGGAAGUACCUGUUUUCUGUUUCAGCAUAACAUUAUUGAAACCUGCAUAUUUUAGUAAUUUGUGAUUUAAAUAAUUGGCUAAUUUUGAAGUAGUUGCGUGAUUAGCUUUUUAUUCCAGCAGCUUUUAUGCAAAUGCAAAGACUACCCCGUUAUUAUUAUUAUUAUUAUCCCAUCUAUUCACUACUUUAUGGGGUAUGUACUUCCAUGUACCCGAGAUAGACCGUGUCCCUAAGGUACAUAGUGAAGCAG